AUCAAAAUCUCCAGAUCUCUACCAUCUCAGACAUGGAACUCGUUGACACGAAUCACAAUUAUGACCAAGUCCUCGCCUGGCUUGACUUCGGCAUUGGCACUACAGCUGCAGGAAGCCGUUGUCGGCGAUUGCAAGCGAUGAGAUAGGCCUGGUGCUGCAUUGUGCUACUGUACCUGCUCCAUGGAAUUAACCUGCUAUCCAGCAAGGUAGGCAACUGACAUCCGUCUUUCUCCGCUUUACGACGGUCGAUCAUCGGACCUUGCGGACCUGCUGCUUCUUGAUAUAAGUCGAGCGGAGUGGUAUCUACUCUUCCUUUCUCCGGCGUGGGACUUCCUAGACGAACCUAUCAUCCGCAAGAUACCCCAACUCUCAAGGUUCUCUCAUCAACAAGCUCCCCUCCCGCAGAAGCCACACACUCCUACCCUCACUCACCACAACCAUGGCCACCACCACCACCCCAACCUACAUCCGCACCCUCUCCUCCCUCCCCAAAACCCCCCUCCUCUUCGCCCCCUCUCCAAUCCAACCCCUCCCCCGUCUCCUCGCCCAUCUCAAACCCCACAACUCCCCCAUCGCAACCCUCUCCACCAAACGCGAAGACCUCCACACCUUCCUCCCCUGCGGCGGAAACAAAAUCCGCAAACUCCAAUACCUCGUCGCCGAUGCUCUGGACCAGGGCUGCGAUACCUUGGUAUCGAUCGGAGGCGUGCAGAGCAACCACACUCGCGCUGUGACUGCUGUAGCGAAACACGUGGGACUGGAAGUCGUUACUGUGCAGGAGAGUUGGGUGCCUGUGCCGGAGGCUGCUCAACCGGGAUACGGACGGGUGGGAAAUAUAUUAUUGUCGAGACUAAUGGGUGGAGAUGUGAGAGUUCUGCCACCGUCUACAGGUGAAGGUGAAGGAGGCGAGGACUUCGGCAUAGGCCACAAAUCCACCGCAAAGGAGGUCUGCGAAGAAGUUAAGCGAAAAGGAGGGAAAGCUUACUACAUCCCCGCUGGAGCAUCCGACCACCCCCUCGGCGGCAUGGGGUUCGUGGAAUUCGUGGUCGAACUCGCUGAGCAGGAACUCGCACUCCAAACGUUCCACGAUACGCUUGUCGUCUGCUCCGUCACGGGGUCCACGCAAGCUGGGCUCGUCGUCGGCGCCGUAGCAGAAGGGCGCGGACGACGGAUAAUCGGUAUCGACGCGAGUGGUAAGCCGGAGGAGACUCGUGCUCAAGUUUUACGCAUUGCUCGCGCCACCGCUGCUGCUCUUGACCCCGACUUGGUGGUGAGGGAAGAGGAUGUCGUGCUGGACGAGAGGUUCCACGAGGGCACUUAUGGACUACCGGGACCGAGCACGAUUGAAGCGAUGAAGGUUGCCGCGAGGACGGAGGCGUUGAUUACGGAUCCGGUUUAUGAGGGGAAGAGUAUGGCGGGGUUGAUAGCGUUGAUCAAAGAGGGAGGAUUAGGGGAGGGUGCGAAGAAUGUGCUUUUUGUGCAUUUGGGGGGACAGAGUGCUGUGUGUGCUUACGAGAGUUGGUUGGAUUGA